UCGGAGCGCAGAGCAGAGGUGGUCGCUCGGAGCGGGGCUGAAAUUGUUUAAUUUUCCGCUGAAAAAUCUGAAUAAAGUUGGUCUGCGGGUGCUGCGGUGAUUUUCACCGCCCGAGGAGGCGCUUUCACGCUGAGAAAGAGCAGUAAGUGCCGGAUUAACUGAUGACUGACGCUGUUUGGGUGAUCAGCCCGCCGCUAGGUUAGCUUGGCUUAGCAUAGCCUGCCUCGGCCCUCGCAGCCGUUUCGGGGCUCCUGCGGCCGGUGCGGACCUACGCUGCACCCCGCAGUGAACACGGACCUAGGCUUCACAUGGGUCCUCCUGGCUGGGGGCCUCCGCCUCCUGGGGGUUGGGGCCCUCCGCCGCCUGGUGGCUGGCCUCCACCGCCCGAAGACUGGGACCCAAUAGGCCCUCCGCCCCCAGGAGGAUGGGGGUCGAGAGGGCCACUUCCUCCCGGAGGAUGGGGCCCUAGAGGACCACUGCCCCCCGACUGGGAUCCAAGAGAGCCACCACCCCCAGACUGGCAUGCCCGAGGACCUCCGCCACCAGACUGGGAUCCACGGGGACCUCCUCCCCCCGGCUGGGGACCAGAGGACUGGGACUGGGAUCCUCGCCUCGAUUAUUGGAGACCACCGCAUGCCGAUGUUGACUGGAGAGGACCCCGCGAUGACUGGGGCCCCGACCGGCCUCUCCCUCCACCGGGAUGGGGCCCUCCUGGCUGGGAUCUGGACGGUCCUCCUGAGCCGUGGGGCCGCGAGCCUGGCCCUCCUGCACCUGUACCUCCUGUGGUCCCCCCUGUAGUGCCUCCUGUGGUCCCUCCAGGUAUUCCCCCUGUGCCUCCAGUUGGGAUGCCUCCACCGGACCCCGCAGCUUUCGGACCCCCGGUCGCCCCUCCAGGCUGCAUGCCCCCGUUUGGAUUCCCACCGGCCUACCCUCCGCCUGGUUGGACAGGAGAGCCUGUGGUGGAGGAGCCCAUGCCCAACCCUCCGCCUGACCAGCCUGAGUGGAUCAAAGCUCUGAUAUCUGCUCCGGCCACAGACUCGACUGCUUCUGAGACUAAAAAGGCCCCCGAGGAUCCAGCCAAGGCCAAAAAUACACCUGCUGCAGAGCCCGACCCCAUCACCCCCGCCGCUGCGCCCACCGCUCCUCCCCCGAAACCCAAAGCUGAGGUCAGCACAAUCAGCAAGGCUCUGGGGCUGCUGGGAAAACGCACAUUUGAAAAGCCUCCUCCAGGCAGGUCGACGGGGAUAAUCUCCUUCAUCGGGCCAACGUUCGGUUAUAUCAUGCGUGAAGACCUGGAGAAGUUCACCUUCAGCUUCGAUGCUUUCUUUGGAAACCCUAAAGCCAUGACGGCCGGGGUCAGAGUUCAUUUCACUGCCUGCAAGGAGAAGAACAGCUCGAUAGCGACGGAUGUGAAGGUGGCUCCGGGUGGGACCGAGAACCUGGACCCUGAGAUCUACGAGGCCGUCGUCUGUCAGCCAAUCGUUGAACCUCAGCCCGGCGAGCGUCAGUACCCCGGUCAGGUGUACGUGACCAUUGGGCCCGUGAGGAGGAACCUGCCGUUCGACAGGAAGGACAGCACGGUGACGCUGCUGAAGAACGACCAGGUGCUCAUCAACCUGCUGACCGACAUCGUCACUGAGAAGACCAGAGCCACCAACAUCAAGCCCAAAAUCCCGGGAACCUUCAGCCACACCAAGGAGAUCAGAGAGAAGGGUGUCAUCAUCAGCCUGAAGGACAAAGAAGGCAUCAUCAGGCUGCAGGAUGACACGGAGCUUCCCUUUGAAACCAAGGAGAACUUCAGCGACGUCGAGUUCACCCAGGAGGACGUCAACGAGGAGGUCGAGUUCACCGUCGUCCAGCUGAGAGCGGGAAAGCGGGCUGUCAGGAUCCAGCGGGCGAAGGAGCCCCUCCUCCUGACCCUCUGCACCGCCACCGCUGCCAGCGACGAGGAGGACAAGACUGAAAACGAUGACAGCGAGGACGGCUUCACCAAGCCGCUCAGAACCAAGACCAAGCAGGAGAUUGGGCCCAACGUGGUGCUGGACACAGAGCUUUACGAGGGCAUUGUCAGCCAGACCGUCAUCGACCCCAAGCCCGGCAUGCCUGGUUACCCGGGUCAGAUCCACGCCAACAUCGGCACUGUCAGGACCAAUGUGACCUUCGACCAUAGGGAUUGCGGCGUCACACUGCUGAAAAAUGACCACGUGCUCAUCAACCUGCUGAUCGAUGCGGUGACCAGGAAGAGGAGAGCGGCCAACAUCAAACCCAAAAUCCCCUUCACCUUCAAAUACACCAAAGAGGAGCGAGAGCUGGGCAUCAUCACCUCGCUGGGGCCGGAGGUGGGCGUCCUGAAGUCGGAGAAGUACGGCGAGCUUCCCUUUGACAUCUGUGAGAACUUCAGCGACACAGAGUUCAACAGUGAUGACAUCCACAAAGAGGUGGAGUUCACGACGAUCAAGGUGAAAUCGAAGACGAGGGCGAUCAGGCUGAAGAGGAUGAAGAAGAUCGAAGACCCGAUUCUUUAUGAGCAGAAAAAACGGGAGGAUGAGCGGAAGGAGGAGGUGGAGAGGAGGAGACGGGAGGAGGAAGAGAGGAAGAAGAGGGAGGAGGAGGAGGAGGAGCGUGAGAGGGAGGCAGAGAGGAAGAAGAAGGAGGAGGUGGCUGCAGCGCUGGCAGCCGCCAAAGACAAGUGGACACCAUUCGGUUUCAAAAUAAGAGAUCGUGACACGCUGGACGACAUCAGCAAGGAGCGAUUCGAAGGCACAGUCCUCAAAUCCAUCUCCAGAAAUCCUCUCAAGGUGAUCAAGAAGGAGCCUGAGGAGAAACAGGAGGAGAAUAAGGAGGGUGGAGAUGAUGGCGCUGGACAGGUGCAAGCAAAGGUGGAAAAAACAGACCAGGAUGAGAAAGGAGAGGUGGAGGGAAGACGAGAGGUAAAGCUGGAGCUGAAGAAGGAGAAGGUGAAUGAGGAGGUGACAGAAGAUAAGCCAGCUGAAGCUGCUGAACUGGAAACCAAACCACACCCAGAGGUGGGCCGGUUGGUGAUGACCAUUGAUGGCCAACAGAAACAGCUGACCUUUGGCCCCAAAGACCUGCUGACCACUGCCACUAUGCUGGAUGGAGAUAAGGUGCGUUUCAACAUCGCCACCCAUCGGGAAACCAAAGAGGAGCGAGCAACAUACGUGGAAAUUCUCCCUGACUCCUUUGAGGAGUCCACCGAACAACGUCAACACGGCAUCGUGAUCGAGUUCUUGGAGGACUCUGGGCUCAUCAAGUGCACUCAGAACCCCCAGCUCUACUUCCACAUGUCUGAGGUUAUAGAGAAGAAGAAACUGGAGCUGAACGAGAAGGUCGAGUUCAGCAUCGUCCCGCAUGAAACGGCAGAGGGGGGAAUCCAGGCCAUCAGGAUAAAACGUUACACGGAGAGCGUUUUCCUCCCCGUAAGGAAGCUUGGUGGUGUUGGUGCAAACAAAGGAAAGAUGACAAUCAAACUGACAAAAGCUUCAGAAGAGAAGGAAAAACCAGAGGCAGAGAAGCUGAAGGCGGUGGUGAAAAAUCUUAGAGCACAGGACAGCAAGACCAACAGGAGGGAUUACAGCACUACCAGGCGGAGAUACAGCCGGAGCAAGAGUAGGAGUAGAAGUAGGAGUCCCCCCAGAGAUCAGUUUGGACGUGUCAAAAAAAGACGCAGCUCCAGCAUUGACCGUGAACGCCGCAGCAGCAAGUACAAACAAAGUCGAGACAGGUCGCACGGACACACCCGAAGCCGCUCCAGGAGCCGCAGCAGGAGCAGGAGCUCCAGCAGGAGCCGAAGCAGGAGCAGGGAGAGGAGCAAAGACCGGGCCAGCAAGAAAAAGGCCAAAAUCAGCAGAGAUCGUGAAGAAAGUCACAAGAGGAGGAGGGAACUGAGCCCUCCUCCUAGGCGAUCUGGAAUCGUGGACGAUGAGCUGGCAAGGAAAAAGCGGGAACUGGAGGAGUUGAAUGAGAUGAUUGCUUACAAAAAGUCACUGGUGGACAUAGACCCAAGAGGACUGGAACCUGGACAGAGGACCUGCAUUGACUAUGACCAUGGCAGGAUUGCCGUUCCCCUUGCUGAGUACAAACCAGUCCGUUCCAUCUUAAAGAAACGACCAGAGGGACCAGAGUACCUCCAUCGUCCUCCUUAUGAUGAUCCUUAUUAUGACCGUCCUUAUAGUCCUUACCAAGACAGGCGGUAUGGUGACCGUUACGGUGACCCGUAUGUCAGUCGGCCCUAUGCUGAGCACUCUUAUGGUGACCGUCCAUAUGGUGAACGCCCUUUUGACAGUCGUCUCUAUAGUGAACCUCCCUAUAGUGGCCCGCCGUCUUCCAGCCACCGCUACACUGAUCGAUACGAUGUUUAUGACGAACCCUACGAUGAUCGCUACUAUGACCAGGUGUAUGUGGACCGACCUUAUGAUCCAUAUCCCACUGCCAAACGAAGCCGCUCUCCAGAGCCCCGUGGCCUCUCUUCCCCUUCUCACUCUGACAAAGUUCCUGCUGGUUCGGUUCACCCUCCUUUGUCACAUAGUGCUGCCACUUCCUCCUCCCAGACCUCAUUCAGACCUCCUUCUCCCAUAGAUUCACCUCCCAGAAGCCCUUCUCCUAAACUAAAGGACAAGAAACCCCGUCUGUCCCCUCCAGCUGAGAAACCACCCCUGGACCGUUUCCUUGAUAUGCUUAACAAAAAGGUGGAUGCUGAAAAGAAAUCGGGACCAGUUCAUGUUAAUGAUGACCUUUUACCUCAUGAGCGGGCUCUUCAGGAUGGCAAGGGUUUCUCUCGAAUUGUAGGACUGUCUCAAGAGCCAUCCAGCAUUAGUCUAGUCCAAGAAGUGCAAAACAAGCCACCGAGCCCUAAGCGUUCCUCUGUUGAGAAAACAAGUGAGGAACCAAAGACGGAACCCUACGACAAGAUUCAGAGUCUAUUGCGUACAAUUGGCUUGAAGCUGAGUACAGGAGAGGUCUCCAAACUGGCCAGCCAAGCCCAGGAGCAAGUUUUUAGCCCAAGAUCUUCCACAGAGAGAGAGACUUCAUCAGCGCCACGGGAAGAACUGCGGACGACUAGAACCGGUUCUCUGGAAUCGGAUCGUAUCCAUUCCCCUUCACCUGUCAGAUCCUCCAGUUUGGAGCCACUCGGCAGACAGAAAACAAAUGUCUCUGAAUAUGAAGAUUUCCUGGACCAGCAGGAGUUAGAAGCAUUUAAGAAGGCACAACAGCUGCAGAAUCUUACCAAGACAAUAGGAAGCACACCCUCCACCACCUCUUCUCCAAAGCCACCUCCUGGGCCUCCACCUGCUCAUUACCGACAUCCAACCCCACCAUUCAACUGGCCACUUGCCGUCACCCCAGAGAUUUCGCCAACACAGACUUCCACAUCCACCAUGGUCACUGCAGUUCCUCCUGCAGCUGGUCAGCAUUUCCAAAAACUGGGACAACCUCCAGGACCUCCACCUGGACCUCCUCCACGGCGACCAGGACAGUCUCCUCCAGGACCACCUCCUGGACCUCCUCCACGACGUCCUCUUGGACAACCUCCUUUCUCUCCACCCUCCGGUCAGUCGGUUUUGCCUUUUAUUGGAGGGUCAGAUCCAGUUCCUCCCUCUGGGUCCACCGGUCCUUCACAACAUUUAACCACUACUGUGGUACUACAACCUUCAUCAGCACUGACAACUUCAAGUCCUGCAAGUGAUGAUCAUUCUGCCAUCUCUACGACAGUGGCGAGAUGCCUGAAGGUCAUUGAGACAGUGAAAUCUUUGACUGUGCAGCCACCACUCAAACCAGUCAAAUCUGUCCAGUUCAGUUUACCCACAGAGCCCCCAUCAGUAGAGACGGAAGAUGAUAUAAAGAUCAAACAGAAAGAGAAGCUGGAUUUGUACAACCAGAGACUUUUGGAAAAGAGAGAGCAAGAGUACAAGGAGUUCCUAGCCCGUAAGAAGCAAGGGGAUACGAACAAGGAUGGCUCGCUGAUCUCGUCAGGUAAGCUGGUCAGCAGGGAGCCCAGGAACGUUUGGAUUGUCGGUCAUUCACUGGUGUACUGGGCUGAAUCACGUGCCAAGUCUCCGGAGGUAGGUAUGCAGCUGGGCAUGGACCCCAGCAAGGUGACCAUCUGGUGGAAAGGCACCCAAGGCAUGACGUGGUCUCAGCUGCUGCCCCAGCUCCACCAGCUUAAGGUCACCUGGCCUAACCCAGACGUCCUCAUCCUGCACCUGGGUGGGAACGACCUGAGUACCGACAGCCCCACCGACCUGCUGGGCUCUGUCAAGAAGGACUUGAUGUCUAUGAGAAGCAUCUUCCCGCAAUGCGUUCUUGUGUGGUCCAACAUCCUCCCUCGAAGGGUGUGGCGCCACUCAGCAGACAGCCAUGAGGUUGAUCUGGUCCGCACCACAGUAAAUCGCAGGAUCCAGAACAUAAUCUCAGAGCUGGGCGGUGCCUCUCUGACCCAUGAAAACAUCCGGUGUGGCGCAAACACAGGUCUGUACCGAGUCGAUGGCGUCCACCUGUCCCAAAAAGGCAUCGAUGUUUUCAAUUUGAACCUCCAGGAUUUCCUGGAGAAGUGGGAGCUAGAAGUGAAUGCGGCUUCUGAGAAGAGCUGAGAGGUUUCUGUAUUGAUUUCUGUUUAAUUUCUAAGGAUAGCUAGGCGGUUUUUAACUGACUCCAUAACUGCACAGACAUUCUGAUUCAUAAAACAGUUUGUAGCUUACUGUGUAGCAUCUGUCACAGCUGGAAAUCAAACAUUUGUAUGAUGUGAAAUAAUAAAUUUAGUGUUUUCAUGAAUAUCAGUUCAUUUUCAGCUGUUAUAAAGACUUAAUGUUAAGCAGCUGAUGUGAGGAGACAUUUUUCUGAUGCACAGUUGUUACAACUGCAAGUAGAUUUGAUUUAAGAGAGAAAUGUGUUCAAUAAUCAAAGUUUCAUGAUUUAAACUGCUUUUUGUUUGUGCGUCUGUUGAAAAUAAAAUAAAAACUGUCAGUUGAGUUUCA